CUAGAGAGAGAGAGAGAAAGGGAGGGAGAGGGCGACGAGCCUGCUACAAAGGCUUUUUCCCGUGAAGCGAAUGAAAUGCAGCUUCCCUUUCUAGCAGGGCAUCGCUUCCAAGGCAAGGAAAAACCCUAGAAUCUCUCUCUCAGCUGCUUUUUCCUCCAUCAAAUCCCUGAAAUCCAAACGAUUUCAGCUCUCAUUUCGAAAAUUCCGUCAUGAUUCUCCUCAGGUUUUAGAUUUCCUUCUUAGAGGAUCAAAUUCGAGCUCUCAUGGCAUCGAAACAAGCAUCAAGGUCGAAGAGGUCGAACUCGUCGGCCUCGAAAGGAGUAACUUCGCCUUCGUCUUCGACAACGUCAUCGUCAUCGAGGCAAAUUCUGGAUGCAUCGAUCGAUGGCCAGAUAUUGUCGGAGAGGAGCAAACCGCAGUACUUAUACACCGAGAAUGCGGCAUUAGAUGUCGAGAGGUCAAAGGAGAAUGUCACUGUUACGGUCCGGUUUCGGCCCCUCAGCCCACGUGAAAUUCGGCAAGGAGAUGAGAUUGCAUGGUACGCAGAUGGAGAUACUGUUUUGCGGAGCGAAUACAAUCCGUCAAUUGCAUAUGCCUAUGAUCGAGUGUUUGGCCCUACAACCACAACCCGUCAUGUGUAUGAUGUGGCUGCUCAACAUGUCAUUGGCGGUGCUAUGGAGGGUAUCAAUGGCACAAUCUUUGCAUAUGGGGUUACGAGCAGUGGGAAGACCCAUACGAUGCAUGGAGAUCAAAGGUCCCCUGGAAUUAUACCAUUGGCUGUGAAAGAUGCAUUCAGUAUCAUACAAGAGACUCCAAGCCGGGAGUUUCUUCUUCGUGUAUCAUAUUUGGAGAUCUAUAAUGAGGUUGUUAAUGACUUGCUUAAUCCAGCAGGUCAGAAUCUAAGAAUUAGGGAGGAUCUUCAGGGAACUUUUGUGGAGGGUAUAAAAGAAGAAGUUGUAUUAUCACCUGCUCAUGCGCUGUCCCUCAUAGCAGCCGGAGAAGAGCACAGACAUGUUGGUUCCAACAAUUUGAAUUUACUCAGCAGCAGGAGCCAUACAAUAUUUACACUGACAAUCGAGAGUAGCCCUUGUGGUGAAAACAGUGAAGGAGAAGCAGUUAAUUUGUCCCAGCUGAACCUCAUCGAUCUGGCAGGUUCUGAAAGCUCGAGGGCUGAAACUACGGGUCUACGACGAAAAGAGGGAGCCUACAUCAAUAAAAGCCUGCUAACUCUUGGAACUGUAAUUGCAAAAUUAACUGAUGGAAAAGCUACACAUAUACCGUACAGGGAUUCUAAACUAACUAGGCUCCUUCAGUCCUCUUUAAGUGGUCAUGGGCGUGUAUCUCUCAUUUGCACCGUCACUCCUUCAUCAAGCAAUUCGGAAGAAACACAUAACACAUUGAAGUUCGCUCACCGUGCGAAACACAUCGAGAUUCAAGCAUCACAAAAUAAAAUAAUUGAUGAGAAAUCUCUCAUCAAGAAGUACCAACAUGAGAUUCGUAGCUUAAAGGAAGAGCUUGAUCAUUUGAAAAGGGGUAUUGUGAUUGUGCCGCCAUUGAAAGAUGUUGGAGAAAAUGAUAUUUUUCUCCUAAAACAAAAGCUAGAGGAUGGUCAAGUCAAGCUGCAAUCAAGAUUGGAACAAGAAGAAGAAGCUAAAGCUGCUUUGCUGGGAAGGAUACAGCGACUGACAAAAUUAAUUUUGGUUUCUACAAAAACUACACAAUCAUCAAGAUUUCCUCAACGUCCUGGUCCAAGGAGAAGGCAUUCGUUUGGAGAAGAGGAGCUUGCAUACCUCCCUUACAAAAGGCGAGAUUUGAUCUUGGAUGAUGAAAACGUUGAUGGAUAUGCUUCAUUAGAAGGCAAUGGUGAAACUGUUGAUGAUUCUUUUAAGGAGAAGAAGGGCCGGAAGCAGGGCUUACUAAAUUGGUUCAAGCUGCGGAGACGCGAGAGUGGCUCGUCAACAUUGACUAGCAUUGAUGGGGAUAAGUCAAGCGAGACAAAAUCAGCUACCACACCUUCAACACCCAAAGCAGAGAGCAUCAACUGUCCUACAGAACCCAGGAUUUCUAAUUCUUUACUUACAGAGGGUACUCCUUCCAGAGAUCUUCUACUGGAGGUGGUACAGGACAGGGAAGUUCCUGAUGACAAGUUUUCUGGACAAGAGACGCCUUUGACUAGCAUAAAAAUGAUAGACCAUAUUGAUCUACUAAGAGAGCAACUAAAGAUUUUGUCUGGAGAAGUUGCACUCCAUUCAAGUGCUUUGAAGCGACUAUCGGAAGAAGCUACAAAUCAUCCGAAGAAGGAACAGAUACAAAUGGAGAUGAAGAAGCUAAAUGAUGAAAUCAAGCUGAAGAAUCAACAGAUAGCUUCCUUAGAAAAGCAGAUGGCCAGUUCCAUCACUACUCCAAAGAGAAAUCAGAACAGAACGGAUGCACCAGAUUUAUCUCCGUCUUAUGCUGAACUGAUGGAACAACUGAACGAGAAGUCAUUUGAACUCGAGGUCAAAACUGCAGAUAACAGAGUAAUCCAAGAGCAGCUGCACCAAAAGAUCUGUGAGUGUGAAGGAUUGCAGGAGACAGUUGCUUCCCUAAGACAACAGCUUUCUGCAGCACUGGAAUCAAGGGAUUCCAAUUCGACCAUUGGUCACUCACAACACUACACUGGGAGGACAAACAUUCUCAUGGAAUCGCACCUGAACGAAGAACAGGCAGUCCCAAGGAAUAUUGCUGAUGAGUUGCUUAUACAAACACAGGCAUCUGAGGUGGAAGAUAUGAAGCAGAAAGUAACCGAACUAACAGAAGCCAAAAACCAGCUAGAAGGCCGCAACCAGAAGCUGGCGGAGGAGAGCAAUUAUGCGAAAGGGCUGGCUUCUGCUGCGGCAGUGGAGCUCAAGGCGUUGUCUGAAGAAGUCGCAAAGCUCAUGAACCAAAAUGAGAGGCUGACAGCCGACUUGGCAGCACAGAAAUACUCCCCGCAGCGGAGAGCCAGCAGUGGCAGCGGGAGGAAUGGCAGAAGAGGAGACAGUCAUAUCAAGCGGCACGACCAAGGUGGGUCCCUUGUUGACGUCAAGAGAGAGCUGGCCGUGAGCCACGAGAGGGAGCUGUCGUACGAGGCUGCAUUGAUGGAAAAGGAGCAAAGGGAGGCAGAGCUGCAGAAGAGGGUGGAGGAAUCCAAGCAGCGGGAAGCAUAUCUUGAGAACGAGCUGGCCAACAUGUGGGUUCUUGUGGCACAGCUGAAGAAAUCUCAUGGAGCUGAUCCCGAUGGUUCUGAGUUGAUGAGUGGGUCCCAGGGAAUAGUAGAUUUUGAGAUGUUGAGAGAUCCAGUGGUGAAAAAUCGAGGAUGAAGGGGUCUAUGUUUGCGUCGGUGUGUCUCGCUGGCAGGUUUGAUGUAAGAAAUCCAUGAAUCUCAAUGUUUGUGGUUUCAUUCGAGUUAAGGUCUUUUUGGUUGGUUUUCAA